UCUCAUUUCGAAGCUCUGCGGGGAUGCAACCAAGCUGGACAAGCAAACCUUCCAGCCCCAUAGUGCUGCGGCGGGAACCACUAGCAUUCCAGCAUCUCGCUGGCUCCGAGAACUUGGAAACCCUGUUGAAGCUCCGCAUGUGAAGCCGAAAUAUGCCCCUGGCCUGAUGAGCUUCCCUCUAGGGCGACUCCGAUAUUUAAAGACCUCCUUUGUCCUCCCUAGACAAUCAGCACGCCCCAGAUCCUCUAAACACAGUCGUUUCUACGCUUGACCCUCUGUAUCAAUAUUCCUCGAACCGAAUUCGAUCGCUCGCUCAACUCGGCUCUCCAGCAAUCCCAAUAGCUUUGUCAAGAUGAAGACCUUCGCCGCCGCCGCCAUUCUUGCUCUGGCCUCCGUUGCCACUGCCCAGCUUGACAACAUCCCCUCUUGCGCCUUGACCUGCUUCGUCAACACCCUGUCUAGUGAUGGAUGUUCAAGCUUGACUGACUUCGCCUGCCACUGCAAGAAGAGCGACUCCCUCUUCGCCUCAGUCACUCCCUGUGUGCAAAAGGCAUGCAAUGCGGAUGACCAGGCCAAGGUCAUCACGGCAGUUGAGGGUACCUGCAAAGACGCUGGUGUCCCAAUCACGGUUCCCAACCCCAGCUCUGCUGCUCCAUCCAGCUCUGCUGCUCCUUCAUCUGCUCCUGUUAGCUCUACCCCGGCCACCAGCGCUGCUCCCACCAGCGCUGCUCCUACAACCAAUGCUGCCAGCUCCGCUGCCAGCUCCGCCGCCUCCUCUAUCUUGGUCACCGCUUCCUCCAACGCAACUGCUACUGCUACUCCCACCGUGUCUCAGUUUACUGGUGGUGCUGCUCAUGCUACCCAAGCUGCUGGCAUCCUCGGUGCCGCUGCUUUGGCUUUCCUUGCUUUGUAGAUUGCCAAUUUCUCUUGAU